GCUCACCAGCGAUCUUUGGCAGCACAGGCGGUCCAACGACAAAGUGUGGAGCAGGCUCGCGCGGUCGAGCUGGAACUCGAGGAGACGACGGCGGCAUUGAGACGGACGGAGGCGGCUUGUGCUGCAGCUCAGGCGGAUGUGGCCCUUGCACAGCAGCGGUACGCCGCGCAAGAGGGACAGUUGGAAGCUUUGUCUGCCGAGUUCGAAGCCAGCGAAGCCCGCAGCUUUGAGCUCGAAGGUGCCUUGACGCAGCAGCUGCGACAUCUCGAUCCCAGCAUAGGCCACAGCCUGCGCGGCGUGAGCAUCCACCACCUCUCAGCUCAGUUCUUGGAGUUGGUCUUGCAAGCAGGUCUCGGCAUGGAGGCGAGCCUGGAGGAGGCUGCCAGCUGCGUGGCCAAGGAGAGGACGGAGAUGGUGACUUGCCCACGAGAUGGCCUGCAGGGGUCUGCAUAUGUGGACUCCAUCUAUGGCCCGGAGAACGCUGGCCCGGCGACCCACAUGCUCAGCUGCUCGCCCCGGGAUGCGGUUGGCGAGGUGGUGGGGGCGCUGGAUGAAUUCU